AUGGCCACCAACACCACGGCAAUCACGCUCGCGACCCCCCACGUGACCCUCCACGGUAUCAUCGCCGGCCAGCAUGGCACCGUCGCCCAAUUCCGCGGCAUCAGAUACGGCCGCGUGCCCGCGCGGUUCGCGCCACCCGUCCUCGCGACGUUGGAGUCCUCCGUCUCCUCCUCUUCCCCCUCGCGGGACGGCGGUGCUGGCGCCGCAGCGGAGACGAAAGACGUGGAUUGCACGGCGUACGGGCCGCGGUGUCCGCAACAGCCGAUUGACGUUGGCUAUCUGCUGCGGCUGCCCGAGGACGUGGAGCUGCCGCGCGAGCCGGAGGACGAGUUUGAGUGCUUGAAUCUGGAUGUUUCGAUGCCGGCGGCGAUGGUGGAGAGGAAGAGUUUGCGGCUGCUGCCGGUCAUGGUGUGGAUUCAUGGUGGUUCGCAGGUGAUGACGUUUGGCUCCGCGGCAUCUGGAAUCUGUGAUCCAUGCAAGAUUGUCGAGGAUUCUGUCAAGCAGUCGAAACCGAUCAUCGUGGUUACUGUGCAAUAUCGGUUAAACAUUUUUGCCUUUGGAGAUGGCAAGGGUGCGAGAAACCUGGCCUUGAAAGAUCAAAGACUCGCGAUCGAAUGGACCAAGAAACAUAUUGCUGACUUUGGCGGAGACCCCGAAAACAUCACGAUCGCUGGGGAGAGUGCAGGCGCGGUAUACGCUCACGCCCAUGUUGUGCAGAAUGCGCCUGUCAAGAGAGCAAUUCUGAUGUCCGGGACUCUUGAGCUGUCACCGCCACGGCCUGUCUCAUACGAGGCGACGAUCGUUGCGCCGAUGGAGGCAAAAUUGGCCAGCAUCGGAACAUCGCUCAGAACCGCAACCGCAGAACAGAUAAUCCAGGCACUCACAGAAACCAACAUGGUUAGCAUGUGGCUUCAGCAGAGCCCCGACGAGCCGGAGCUGAGUGAGUGGACCAGGAGCGGGAGUGUCAAAAGCUUGCUUGUCGGGGAUGUCGAGUACGAGUCUAUUCUCUGGCGAAACGGGAUCGAGGCAUUGACGCCUCAGACGAUUGUGGACGCGUUCGAUUUGGCAGGAGAGCACAGCGGCGAGCUGCGGCGGGCCUAUGGCAUCAUGGGGUCGCGGGCGACGCAGACUAAGACAGGGGCGCUCGACUUCAUUAACGACACGCGCUUCUCCUGGCCGAUUCAGAAGCUCAGCAGGGCGUGGCGGGCGGGCGGGCGGGCUGUAUACGGAUACGUGGUGGACCAGGCCAACCCAUGGCAGGGCAGCAGCAGAGCGCACCACGCCGUCGAUCUCGUGCUGCUGUUUGGCGGACUGGGGCUGUCGUUCAAUCCGGCGGCAGAGGCCGUCGCAGACGAGAUGAGGCGGAGGUGGAUCGCGUUUGUCAACGGGGAGGCCCCCUGGUCGGCGGACACGACCUUCGCAUUUGGGCCGCACGGCGACUGCAGAGAGCUGGACGCGGGCGGGCUUGCUGCUCGAAGGAGGACGGUGCAGCUGGCGACGCUGGAGCGGGUGCCGGCGGCGCAGGUCGGAGCCGUCUUCGGCGCGCUUGCCGCUGGGCGGGUGAGUCUCCUCAAUUGA